CGUUUUAUUUUCUGUGACCUUUAGACUUUUACACACGUCACUUAAACACAGAACCAGGAAACUGGAUUCACCCGAAGUGUAUUUGACUGUUGAAGUUUAGUUGAGCUGUUGUGUGUUUGUGUCUCUUUAUUCAUACUAUAAAAUGGCAGAAGCCAGAAUUUCAGUGGAUCAGAAUGAGUUCCUGUGUCCAGUGUGUCUGGAUCUCCUGAAGGAUCCAGUGGCCAUUCCCUGUGGACACAGUUACUGUAAGAUCUGUAUUACAGGCUGCUGGGAUCAGGAGGAUCAGAAGAGAGUUUACAGCUGCCCUCAGUGUAGACAGACCUUCAGUCCAAGACCUGCUUUAGCUAAAAACACCAUGCUGGCUGAACUGGUGGAGAAACUGAAGAAGACUAAACUUCCUGCUGACUGUUACGCUGGAGCUGGAGAUGUGCAGUGUGACGUCUGUACUGAAAGAAAACACAAAGCCGUCAAGUCCUGCCUGGUGUGUCUGAACUCUUACUGUCAGAAUCACCUUGAACAACAUGAGAGUUGGUUUAAAGGAAAGAGACACAAUCUGACUGAUGCCACUGGACGACUGCAGGAGAUGAUCUGCCAGAAACAUGACAAGAUCCUUGAGGUUUUCUGUCACACUGACCAGAAGUGUGUGCUGUGUACGAUGGAUGAACAUACAAACAAUGAUACUCUAGCAGCUGCAGCACAGAGGACAGAGAAAAAGGUAUGA